AUGAUCACCACUCCCUUGGAUCGUCGUGACAAUCUGAUACUUGCUCCGUUGACGAUGAAAGAGAAGCGGUCACGGCGCGCACGCAAAGGAAAUGCACUACAUGUUCUUGUCACAAAAUCUAAGAAGAAAUCAUUUCUGGAUGAGAUUGGAGAUGUAUUGAUGGACGAGCUUUACGCUACUUCCCACCACAAUGGCGUUUGUGUCAUAGAUCACCUACGGAGCAGCUUCGAAGCACCACCUGCAACGUCCUCUUGCCCAAGCUCAGCGAGUUGUUCCAGUACCCGCACGCUUGCCGAACGGGUCUCUAACUCUGUAACGAGUAUGGAUAGUCAUAACUCUCUACAAGUCAUUCACUCGGAAACACGAACACAAAUUAGCUUUUCGAAAUCGAACAAAGGGUUUUCUAUCACAAAGAAGGAACAUUACACCGACAAAGCGAAUGUGUUCAGCCUCGACGAUCUCAACGUAUUGACCGACAUCGAACGACUAGCUGCACACUACGGGCAAGUGGCACACAUGGGCAUCCUUGACCGCAGCUAUCGAUUCUUCAUGAACAAAUCCAGAACAGCAGGAUUAUGUUUUAAGAUCGAAACCGGGGUCACAGUUGUGGUUGGAGAUCCAUUAUGUGACACAGACAUGAUAGCAGAACUGCUAUCAGAGUUCAGGACGUACCGACGACAACACCACUGGGGCAUAGCAUUUAUGGGCGCAAGUGAGUCCUUCCUACGAGACUAUGCCAAACCCAAUGGCUGGACAGCUAUUCGAUUCGCAACAGAAAGAGUGCUCAACCCGCAAACAAACGACGUGCUACUCGAAAUCAGCGGGAAGCGUAUAACCACCCAGAAUCGCCACUUGCUCAAUUUAAACAAAGGCGGCAUAACCCUCGGCAUUUACGCACCCGCAAUACACGGCACAAACACCCAGCUCCAAGCCGAUCUUGUCGCUGUCUAUGAUGCUUGGCGCGCAGAUCGUAACUCCGCCGUCAGCCCGCAAGCCUUUAUAACCGUCUACGACCCUUUCGCUCUCCCCGGCCUAAUGACAUACGUAUACACGUACUACGCAGACGGAACAAUCAACGGCUUCGCAGCGCUACGCCGCUUAGGCUCAGGCGGAUACCACAUUGAUCCGUGCGUCGCCGCCCCAGGGAGUGCAAAGGGUAUUAGCGAUCUCCUCCUGGUUGCAGCAAUGGCGAUGCUCCACUAUGCUGGAGUAUCUUACCUCGGCUUUGGCUUUGAGCCGAUGUAUGCCCUGACGCGCGAGGAUAUUGUCGGUAUGCCAUUUCCUUUCGGCUAUCUCACUCGUCAAAUUUAUCGCCAUGCUUUCCACCGUCUGCCAAUUGGUGGAAAGAAGGCGUACCAUAUGAAAUUCCGACCGGAUCCAAUUCAGGAUUCGGGGCUUUAUCUCGUUUUCCCGUCUAGUAUACCUGGCCCGCGUCACUUACUUGCCAUGACUCAUAUGGCCAAUAUAAGCUUGCGCAAGAUGUUUUUGGCCGAUCUUAGACGUUGGGUGUCGUGCGAAAGGCUGAAGGCUAAAAUUGAUGUGUUGCCAACUGAUGAGAAGGUCGAUUCCACUAAACCGAAAGCCAACCUUGCUGGUCAUCCAAACGCUAAAUAG